GUAGGACGAAGUCGGAACGGAUAACCGAGGUCUUAAAAAGAAUAGAAUAGAAUUAGGAAGGAGGUGAAAAAAAAGUGACUCCCUGCAUGUUCGAAGUCCUCCGGACCGUACCAAACGAGCCCUGAGAAAACGCAACUCAGCAGCAGCUUGUGGUGAGAUGCCUCGUCGUAUCAACAGUUGCAGGCGCGAUCCACCACUCCAAUCCAAUUGGCGGUUCGAGAAUGAGCGCCUCGAGUCGAGUUCCUCCUUUGUGUUUGCGCUGCCUGCUAGUGCUGGGGCCUGCAGUGCGAUCGUGUUCCAUCAUGGCAAGCCGACGUGGCAGCCCGAGCCAUCAUAUCCAAACGUCGCCUCGCCUGCCACCAACAAUAUCCACAUCCUGUGGCUGUGGAUGCUGUUCGUGUUCUCCAUCCAUCACCAAUUUCAGCAUUUGCAAUUGCAUGCCGGGGAGAAGUUUCCUCAAUGGAACAACACUACACUCAUUAAUUAUUUAAUUAAUUAAUAUGCUUACCAAGAGAAGACUCGGCCAGCGAAUCCUGGAAAGUCCCAGGUCGAGUCGCGAUGCAAAACAAGUUGGCACAGCAUCAGCAUACCAAGAGGUCGACUUGUAACACAUUCUGUGGGCUCAUAGCUCCUCUCUCUUUCUGUAAUCGUAUUUUGUAAGGGGAAAAAUGUCUAAGUAUUAGCACAUCUUUAGGUCUGUUCAGCUAAACUUAUAAACCGGCUGAAAAGCUGAAACGACCGAUUUGUUGGGAGAGAAAAACACUAUCAUUUGGAUAUCGUUUUGAAUGAAUUGAGACGAGCAGGGAAAGCAACAGCAGUCAGCCAUGCCUGGCCACAAUUAUAUAUGAUAGUAAAUUCUGGAUUUCACACUGCCUCUGCCUGCCCUGUAUUCUGAAUUUUCCUUCCCUUUGAAAUCCAAUCUCCUGCCUGGAAAAAUACGAAUAAGAACGGAACCGUCUCCCUGACAUCCGGGCCGUCCUUGCGCCGGGGCCCAUCAGUCAUACACGCGGCCUGGAAGAGGCGAGGCGGGAGGUGGUCCCCACCAGCAGGCCAUGUGCCGUCCCGUCUGUCUCCUGCCGCUGCCCUCAAUCAUUAGUCCUCUUCUUCCUCCGCCCGAGUCUGCUCUCCUCCGCUCCACCAGUCACCACCACGUCCUCCCUUCCCCCAAUCCCUCCCACCAAGCCAGCUAGUCAGUCAGUCAGCCAGCCAGUCCCACCACUGGCAGUGACCCCCCAGCCAGCAGCCACAGCCCACAGCCCAGGCCUCUCCAAAUUAGGGAGGGAGGUAGGGGAUGACCACCAGGCCAGCCCAAGGGGGCGCCGCCGCCGACAAGCAGCUCGUCCCCGCCUCCAACGGCAACGGCAACGGCAACGCCCUCGCCGUCCGCAAGGCCCCCUCCAAGGACCGCCACAGCAAGGUCGAUGGCCGGGGCCGCCGCAUCCGCAUGCCCAUCAUCUGCGCCGCCCGCGUCUUCCAGCUCACACGCGAGCUCGGCCACAAGUCCGACGGCCAGACCAUCGAGUGGCUGCUCCGCCAGGCCGAGCCAUCCAUCAUCGCCGCCACGGGCACCGGCACCACCCCGGCCUCCUUCUCCACCUCCUCGCCAUCCUCCCUCCGCUCCUCCUCCUCCCAGACCACCACCGCGCCCUUCAUCCUCGGCAAGCGCGUCCGCGGCGCCGACGACGCCGACGCGGCGGAGCCAACCGUCGCCGCCCCUGCCCCGGGAUUCUGGGCGCUCCCGGCGCGGGCAGACUUCGGGCAGCUCUGGAGCUUCGCCGCCGCGCCGGAGAUGAUGGUGGCCGCCGCGGCGGCCGCGGCCGCGCCGGCCAUGGCGGGGGAGGCGUCCGCAGCCAGGGUCGGGAACUACCUACCCAUGGCGCAGGGCAACCUCAACCUGCUCGCCUCCUUCUCCGGAGGGCCAGCUCCAACUGCUGCGACCGCCACCGUCGGACGGGCCGAGGAGGAGACCGCACGCUGAGGAUACUAGUCUCAUCUGUCAUCUCCACUCCACCACUCUAGGGUUUUAUUUAGGGUUCCUUUCUCCGGUUUGCUUGCUUGGCGUUCGCAGCUCUGUGUGUGCAAGUGUCACUCACCUCAGCUCUACUCACUUCUGCCCUGGUUCUGGUCGUCCCAGCCACGUCGCCUUCCUUCCUUGCUCCCCCCUUGUGUGGGUUAAUUGAGCAAGAGCACCUGCAAAAUUGCUCCACCUUGCUCAUGCCCUCAAUUUCAUUGGGGGGAAAAGAGGAGACAAAAAGCUUGCCCUGUUGUUUCCAACCCCACCUCAAUUUCCUAGGAAGGUUUAGCCGCUUGCUCAGUAGUAGGUCUCUUGUGUCACUCCACCCCUGGUUGCAGUGCAGUUCAGUGUCAAGCAUCCACAGCUAGUCCUUGUCGAGGAGCAAAUCUUGUCCUGGUCAUGGGGGGUGUGCGCGUGUGAUAAAAUUCUAGUCAGUGUGUGCUGUUGCUGUCGAAAACUCAAAUGCAGUCUCCUUUCUGUUCGUUCCAACAAGAAGGGGAAGAAGACGACUUCCUCUUUGUUGGACAGGGAAAUGGCGUCAAAUUGCCGUCCAUCUCUGCAGCAGGUGCAUCAGCUCCCUACAGGAAGGCAGGUAGGGGAAGAAGAAGAAAGGAAGGACCUUUUCUUACCACAAACAAACAAACAAUGGAGGCUGGCCCUGGCUGUGAGUUGUCCACUUGUUCUGCUCAUCUGUUCUGUCUCCUUGCUGUCAUUUUGAUUGUUACCUUUUGUGCUCUUAUCUGGAUUGGAUUAGUCAUACUGCUUCUGCUUGGGGAGAUUGAGAACACUAGCUAGUCUAGUAGUCAUCAAUUGCUGGUAGUAGGUAAGUUGAGCUCAUGUACUGAAUGUAUGUAUGCAUGUAUGUAUCUAUGUACGGAUUGUUUGUUGAUCAGGUCAUGAAUUAAUGGACAAAAAUAAGAAUGGAAGGGGAAAAAAAAAGAAUCAUGAAUGCAUCUGUCUUCCUCUUACCAUGGCAUAUA